UAAGCUUUUCUUUUCUCUCUUUCUUUCUUGCCUUUGAUCUUUGCAAGAAGUUACCAUGCCUUUGCUUUAUCUCACUGCUGCUAGCUUAGCCAUAAGCUGGCUAGAGUGUAUAUCUGCAGUAGCUUGCAAGAUCAUGCAAAGCUAGCCUUUUUCUUUUCCUCUAAAUCCAACUUUAUUCUCCUCUUCUCAAUACAAUUCAUUCAUUCCCCUCCCAAAACUCGCCGUUAAAAAGAAGCCGAUUCCCCCAUCUGAUCCUCACAUCUUCUUCUCACUCGAUCGAUCAGACCUAGUAAUAUACUAGCUGCAUCAAUCAGACCUAGUUGCUGUAGCUACAGGUAGCUCGAGCAAGCUGAAGCUGUGGCUGAAGCUAGCUAGCUGAAGCUGUGGCUGUAGCUGCUGCUGCCAUGGCUUCCUCGUCGUCUGACCUAACCCUAGAUUACAAGCCCAACGGUGACUGCGGCGCGUACCCGGGUCAGGCGGCGGCGGCGACGGCGGCGGCGGCGCUUGUGAUUGAUCACCAUCUGACGGCGACGGGGCAGGCGACGCAGAAGCUGCAGGAGUUCUUGUCGCGCCUGGAGGAGGAGCGGCUCAAGAUCGACGCCUUCAAGCGGGAGCUGCCUCUCUGCAUGCAGCUGCUCAAUCACGCCAUGGAGGCGUACAGGCAGCAGCUGGAGGCGUACCAGAUGGGGAGCCAGCAGGCGGCGGCGGCGGCGGUGGCGAGGCCGCUGGUUCUGGAGGAGUUCAUACCGAUCAAGAACAUCGGGAUCGACGUGGCGGCGUCGGCGGCGGACAAGGCGGCGGGCGGCAACGUGUCGUCUGAGAAGGCGAGCUGGAUGGUGUCGGCGCAGCUGUGGAACGCGCCGGCGGCGGACGCGGCGCCGGCGAAGGGCCCGCAGACGCCCAAGGAGCACCACCCGCUCGACACGAGCCCCAAGCUGAGCGCGCUCGACGGCGGGGGCGGCGCGUGCCAGCGCGGCGGCGGCGCCUUCCUGCCCUUCUCCAAGGACAGCGCCUUGGCGGACGGGUCAGCCGCCGCGGCGCUGCCGGAGCUCGCGCUAGCGCCCGCAGAGAAGGACACGAUCACCGUCGCUGCCGCCGAGGUUGACAAGAAGCUAUACGUGCACGACGUCAACGGCAGCAACAACGGUGCCGCGGGGAGACCAAGAGAAGCCCAGAACGGCGGGAAGCCCUCGUCGACGGCACCGGACGGCGGCCAGGCCGUCCCGCCGCAGCCGCAGCCCCACCGGAAGGCACGCCGUUGCUGGUCGCCGGAGCUGCACCGCCGCUUCGUCAAUGCCCUCCAGAUUCUCGGCGGCGCUCAAGUGGCGACCCCGAAGCAGAUUCGCGAGCUGAUGAAGGUUGAUGGAUUGACCAAUGAUGAGGUGAAAAGCCAUCUCCAGAAGUAUAGGUUGCACACACGGCGGCCGAUGCCGGCGCCGGCGCCGCCGACGGCAGCGACGCCGCAGCUGGUGGUGCUGGGAGGCAUCUGGGUGCCACCGGAGUACGCGACGCAGGCGGCGGGGCCGGCCAUCUACGGCGGGCACCCGGCGACGCAGCCGCACUACACGGCGGCGGUGGCGGCGCAGGAGUACUACCACCACCACCACCACCAGCCCCCCGCCGCCGCGGUGCACCACCUGCAGCACCACCCGGCGGCGGCCGCCCUGGUGCACCACCGCGCGGUGCAGGCCGCCGCCCCACCCCCGCCCCCACCGCCGCAGCAGCUGGCUCCCACCUACAGCAAGUCGGCGGCGGCGGCGAGGGUCGGGUCGCCGACAGACUCAGAUCAGGACCGUGGCAGCGGCGGCGGCGGCGGGUGCAGGGACAGGUCCGAGAGCAUCGACGAGGAGGGCGAGGGAGAUCAGGACCGCGAGGACGACGACGACGACAACGACAACGAGAUGGAGGCGGCGACCACCACCAACAGCGCCAUCGACGCCGCCGCCGACGACGAGAUCACCGCCACCACCAGCAAAUACUAAAUUACUAAUCAAUAAACCAUCACGCGCGUAAUUACUCGCUAGCUAGCUUAAUUAAUCGCGCUAGGGCCGUCCUUAAUCCGGGAUCGAAUUAGCCUCACCUGGAAAAGUGAUUUUUUGUUGGCGCGCGCGCGCGGAGAACGGAAGCCGACCAGCUCAGCUCAGCUCCUCACUCAACUCAGCUCAAGAGGAGUGGAGCUUCAGCUUGUCUCACUCCUGAUGUGAUGCCUCUAUGGAUGGAUUUUGUGAGGGCUUUUCACUUUUUUU